AUGUAUAAUAUGCAUGAUGAAGGUGAUCCUAAAACCUAUGAUGAGGCAAUAAGCUCCAGAGAUGCUAAUUUCUGGAAAGAAGCUAUCAAUGAUGAAAAGCAUUCCCGUUUGACAAAUGGAACUUGGAUAUACUGUGAUUUACCUCCUGGUGCUAAGGCAAUAGGAUGUAAAUGGAUAUCCAAGAGAAAGUUGAAUGUUGAUGGUACCAUUGAUAAAUUUAAGGCCAAAUUGGUUGCUAAGGGUUACAAACAACAACAUUGUAUUGAUUACUUUGAUACAUAUGCACCUGCUGCACGAAUCACAUCUAUUCGUUGCUUGAUUGCACUAGCUUCUAUGCAUAAGCUAGUUAGAUAUCCCGAUGCAUUAGAAGGAUACAGUGAUGCAAACUGGAACAAUGUAGAAUCCAAAUCCAAAUCUACUAGUGGACGGAUAUUUACAUUGGCAGAUGGGUUAGAGGCCAUUCCUGCUGCUACUGACAAUGACGAUGAGGAAUUAAAGAAAAGGUGA